CUUUCUUUCUUCUUCCUCUAUUGCUUUAAUAUUUCAUUUACUAUUAAAAGACAAAAUUGAAUUUGUUUAAAUUCCAGGGGUUAUGUAAGAUAUUCUCUGAAUGAAAUCAAGGAGUGCAGAAUGUUCAAAUGAUCCCAUCAUUCUACAGUUCUGUGUUAUCUUUAAUAGUUACAUUUUCAAAGAUAAAUGACAAUGAACCCCCCCAAGCAUUUGCUUCAUGAAUCUGUUUUUUCACCGGGAACAAAGACAGAGCUUAAAGCCUAAAAUAUAAUAGUAGGCAGAAUAGGUAAAUAAUAAAAAAUCUACCUUAUAUCACCUAUACAAUCAGUUCAAUUUAGAGAGAAAAUGAACAUCCAUUCUAUCAGGGGAACAGUUAGAUGCAUUGUUGUUCAAAUUAUCUCACAUGAGGAGAUGACUGUCACAUGAAGAUAUUGAUUCCAUAAGGGACCGUGAUACAUAUGGCAGAGUACCCUGGAUUUUGUUCUCUAGCAGCUGCACACUGUCUGUGUGUCUAGUCUGUGUUUUCUUCUUUCACCAGCCUAUGCACAGCUGGCAGAUGUCCAGCACUUUGAUUGCUCAUGAAUCCAAAAGCAUAUCUGCCUUUUAAAUCCACACCACUGGAUUCUGUUUGCUGAAAAAACCCUGUGCACUAAGUUUAGGGUUCACGUACACUGAAUUUUUUGCAUUACAAUUGACCUAUUUCACCACAGUAAGUCAGACUCUUUCUGUUUCCAUCAGACAACAGGGAUUUCACAAUGGGCUCCAUCAGCGCAGCAAAUGCAGAAUUUUGUUUUGAUGUAUUCAAAGAGGUGAAAUUCCACCGCAGCAAUGACAACGUGCUCUUUUCCUCCCUGAGCAUGCUGUCAACCCUGGCUCUGGUGUAUAUGGGAGCAAGGGGUAAGACUCAAUCUCAGAUGGAAAAGGUUCUUCACUUUGAUAAUGUUACAGGAGAUGGAGACAUUUCUGACUCCCAGUGUGGCACUGCUGAGUACAUCCACAAAUCAUUCAAGGAUCUCCUCUCAGACAUCAGCAGGCAAAAUGCUACUUACUCACUCAGGAUUGCUGACAGACUCUAUAUUGAAAAAACAUACCCUAUUCUUCAGGAAUACGUAAGGUGUGCAAAAAAAUUCUACAAAGCAGAGCUGGAAGAAGUUGACUUCAAAACAGCUGCAGAGGAAGCAAGACAGCUCAUCAAUUCCUGGGUGGAGAAAGAGACAAAUGGACGGAUCCAAGACUUCCUUGGGUCAGACUCUGUUGAUCUCAAUACUGCGCUGGUCUUUGUGAAUGUCAUUUACUUCAAAGGGAUAUGGAAAACUGCAUUUAAAGAAGAGCACACUCGGGAAGAGCCUUUCAAUGUGACCGAGCAAGAGAGCAGACCCGUGCAAAUGAUGUGUCAGAACAGCACCUUCAGAGUGGCAAGAGUGGCUGAAGACAAAAUUAAGGUCCUGGAGCUUCCGUACGCCAGUGGAGAGCUGAGCCUGUUGGUGCUGCUGCCUGAUGACAUCUCUGGCCUGGCACAGCUUGAGAACAAAAUCAGCUAUGAAAAACUCAUGGAAUGGACCAGUCCCAAGGUGAUGGAAAAGAAGAGAGUAAAAGUGUACCUCCCACGCAUGAAGAUUGAGGAGAAAUAUAACCUCACAUCUGUCCUGACAUCCUUGGGUAUGACUGAGGUGUUCAGCCCCUCAGCCAACCUCUCUGGCAUCUCUUCAGCAGAGAGCCUGAGGGUAUCUGAGGCCAUGCAUGAGGCAUACAUGGAAGUCACUGAAGAGGGCACUGAGGCCGGUGGCUCAGAGGUUGUGACUGAGGACAUCCAACAUUCCUCUGAGUUUGAAGAGUUCAGGGCUGACCACCCAUUCCUUUUCUUGAUCAAACACAAUCCAAGUGACAUGAUCCUUCUCUUUGGUAGAUAUUGUUCUCCCUAAGGAGAAAAAGGGCUGGAAAUAAUGCUUGCCUACCCCUAAGAAACAGACCACCUUUACUCUAGUAUUGUAGUAUAAUCUCAUCUCUUCACUAUCUCUAAGUGGAAAGCCAUUAAUAUCUAGGGAGAUAUUCCUGAAGAAGUCUGUGACUUUUCAGAUCUUUGGGUGCAGAUAUUUCUGCUUACACAAGUUGUACUUAAGACUUAUAUCCAGGACUAAAUGAGAACUUCAAGAGGUAGCUUAGAAGUAUUUUCCACUGUGAUUGAAUAACUUGAGAUUCAGGACCAGUGUUUUGAUUCUUGUGAGAAAUUCUGACACUGAUAUUGAGAGUCUGGUUUUUCUACGGGAAUUCUCUGAAAUAAACACAGCUUUUAGAAUAAUCCUGUUCCUCUCUGUUAAACUUGUUGGGCAACCAUACUUGAACUGAUGCCUGGUCAACUUGCAGAUGGAAUUCUUAAUUUCAGCAAAUCAUUCUUCUUUGAGUAAUGCAUUUGUGCUUCUUUGUGCUGCACAUACUGUAAGGCUAAGGUGUUGUUCUGAGGGGGCAUACAGAAGGUUUACCAUUUCUUUUUAAAUCAUCAUAUCCAAACACAACACCUUCCUGACUGAUACAAUUUUCCAUCUUCAUUCCUGUGAUAUGUCAUUGAUUUUGUGAAUAUCAAUUGUUGGUCCUUCUAUUUAUUCUAAUAAAAGCAUUGCAAUCUAA